AUGCUCCUCCCCUGCUCUCCCCGCUGCAUCGCCCGCGCACGCCUCCAACACGCCCACCUCUUCCAUCGAUCAGCGUCUUCUGCUGCUCUGCCCAGCGACUCGUCAGCCACGAGUGCUUCCUCAAAUAAGGGAAAGGGGCGGCAAAGCACACUAUCACAGCAGUAUAGGUUUCCAGAGACGGGCAAGAUGGGCGGGCCUCCAAAUCCGUACGAAGUCAUGGCUCUCGAUCCAAAUGCCAGUCAGCAGGACGUAAAGCAGCAAUACUAUAAACUCGCCUUGCUGCUACAUCCCGACUCGUCCCAUCCCUCCUCCUCUCCAGACCACUUUGCCACCCUGAACAAAGCCUACAACCUCCUCUCCAAACCGUCCUCUCGCUCCGCCUACUCGAAAACGGGCUACGGCUGGGACCUUGCCUCCUCCUCAUCAUCUCCCGGACCUUCAUCGGUAGACCAAUGGAUGCGGGCGGAAAUACACAGACGUCGGACGUACGGCGCGGCAGCUUGGAACCCUGCCUCGAGGAAUUAUCGAAAUUCGGAUGAGGGCAAGGGUGCGUGGGGAGGGUUUGAUGGGUCGAAAGGGUGGAAGCCGUAUGAAAGCAAGACUGGGUUUGAGCCUCCGAGAGCAGAUACGGGGGCGGCUGAGGAGAGGUAUAUGUCGAAUCCGAGGUUUCUCGCGGUUGUUGGCUUGACGAGUGUAGUUGUGGCGUAUAUGAACUGGAGCCACGUGGGAGGAUCAAGUGAAGCGCAUCGUGAAAUGCUAGACCGACAGCACUUUGACGCCUCACAUGCGCUUGCCACAGCUCGAUACGAAGCCUCUACCCACGGUCACAUACGGCGUGAGCGUAUACGUCGACGAGUGCGACAGGCGGAGGUGAUGAAGGAGCUUGAGCUGGCAGAACAGGGGCAUCUUGCGCUGGCAGAACAAGGGCAGUUUGAUAGUGUCCAGAAGUGA